AUGGCUGAACCACAAUCAUCGCUUUUACUGAAGAAACAAUUAGCGGAUUUAAAGCGAUUUCCGGUUGAGGGUUUUAGUGCGGGUUUAGCGAGCGAAGAGGACAUUUACAAAUGGGAAGUGCUCGUCAUUGGACCACCGGAUACUUACUAUGAGGGUGGUUUCUUUAAAGCACUACUCGAAUUUCCGAAAGAUUACCCACAACGCCCACCAAAAAUGAGAUUCGUCUCAGAGAUGUGGCAUCCGAAUAUUGGACCUGACGGACACGUUUGUAUUUCGAUUUUGCAUGAGCCUGGUGACGAUCGAUUCGGCUACGAAAAGCCUGAAGAGCGAUGGCUUCCUGUACAUACAGUGGAAACGAUUCUCCUCUCUGUGAUUUCAAUGUUAACUGAUCCGAAUUUCGAGUCACCGGCUAAUGUCGACGCUGCAAAAAUGCAACGCGAAAGUCUGGCUGAGUUCAAAAAGCGAGUGGCUCGAUGUGUGCGGCUAAGUCAAGAAGAGCUU